AUGUUAGGUGCCAAUAACACAGAAAGUAAUGUAUCUACUAGUUUAACGAACAAUACAACAACCGCUUCUAUUAAUAAUAAUAAUAAUAGUAAUAAUAAUAAUAGUUAUUUAGGGUAUCCUUCGUUUAAUAAUUCUAAUUUAGAAACCUCUUUUUCCAAUUUAUCAUUUGCUUCCUCUGCAACAAAUACUAAUAAUCAUAACGUUAAUGAACAGCCCAAUAAUAACACAAGUACUGCAAAGUUGCAUCAUCGUCACCUGAACAUUAAUACAAAUGAUCUUGGUAACAAUAUUAAUAAUAAUAACAUAUCACAAUCACUUUUAAAUACAUCAACUAUACCUACGCCUAAUACAGCAAUCACUUUUGAUUAUUGGGUAUCGCCCCAAGCGCGUAUUGUCAAUAACAAUACCACUAACAACAACGCUAAUAAUGAAGCAAAUGAGGAUUCAAAACAAUUGGAAAUGGCUUUAAAAUUGAAGGAUACGCAAAUUGAACUAUUAGAAACUGAAAUACAAAAUUUGAAAACUUUAUUUAACCAAAAAUACAAUAAUAAUCCCAGCAAUACUGCUAAUGUUAUGGAGGAUAGUAUAGAAGUCCCUGCAAACCUAGAAAUGUUAUUGAAUAAUUUAUCUACAACAUUACAAGAGAGAGAAACAGAAUUAAAGGAUACUAAGGAGAAAUUAGAAAGUGUGCUAACUGCCAUUGCAUUGAAUCCUUCUAACACAGUCACUAAAAAUGGGCGAUAUGAUGAAGAAACGAUGGCGCACAAAAUUGUUACCAGGCUAGAUAUGUUAACCAAAGAAAACCAAGAAAUGGCCAAGAUGUUAAGCUAUGGAAGGUCCAAGGAAUUGCACAUUGAAUUAGAGUUAUUAAAAAAAGAGAAUAAAGAGUUGAAAGCGCGACUUGAGAACCUAAAUAUUUAA